GAUUCACUUCACUUGAAACCAGAGGUGGGGUUUGUGAGGGUUAAAGAAUGAGAAACUUGUCAGAAAGCUGUGUGGAAAGGCAUUUAACUUGAAUAUCAGACUCUUUUUUCUUAGUGUUUAAAAGAAAUAAUCUGCCAAUUCGAUUACCCUGUAUGUAGCUGUACACACUCCUGGAUAUGGCAGGUUUCUGUGGUCUCAAGAUCCUGCUGCUCUGUGCUGGAAUCAUCAGUUUGGCCAACUGUUCUUACACUGUCACUAGCAUCAAAGGUGGCUUCCAGAUGAACAUUACAAGCUCUACCAAUGGUAUCUACACCAUAAACAUUAAUGAGAAGGACUCACCUGAGAUUGUAAAGAAAUCCAACGUUCAGCACUCCAAUCAAAACACACCACAUAAUAUCAAACACCUGAAGCCCUGCACUGAAUAUACGCUUAAUGUGGCAUUUAUUGAACUGAAUGCGAGCAAAGAAACCCCCUGUAACGAUGCUGGAAAUGAAAUCACUUUUGAAAAGACAAUUGGAAUGCGUAAAGAUGACAUUGAAGAAGUCAACUGCACCCCUGGAUACGUUUGUUACCGUAGUGAUUGGAACAUCAGCUCUUCACUGUCAACAUCAAAUCACACUCAAGCUGAGCCAUGCAAAAGUGACAAUAAAAUAUUGUGUAUCAUACCUCGUUAUGAUGACAUCUGCUCAGAUUUGACCACAAACUUCACUUCAGGAAACUGUUCAAACUCCUUUAGCCUCACCAAAAGCAUCCCUGUUGAUUUCUUAAAUUCAAGUAAAAUAAGUCAGACUGUUCCCACUGGACUUCCUGCAAACAUAGAAACAACAUUUUCUCCAAACUGUAAUGAUCUCACCGCCGAUUACACCUGUUGGGAAAGUGGAAAACUCAAUGAGCCCAAGAAAUUGCCUGAGUUGGAGCCCUUCACAAACUACAGCUGUAAUAGUCAGAUCCUUGAUGUCAACAAUGUCACCAUAAAAAACACAACUGAGAUCAGCUUCCAGGUUGACUGUGAUCUUACAAUUAACGCAAUGCCGAGUGCAACCAAUACCUCCAUUGUGUUGAGUUGGACCACGACCAGUAACAACUGUCAAGAUGUCCUUUCUCAUCUUCAGAAGCUUUCUUAUGGCUGCAGCUGUGACUGUAAUUCCAAACAGAAACCCACAAUUGCCGUUAUCACACAUCCACAAGGAGGAACAUGUCAUUUUACUGGACUGACAGCGUACACUGACUAUACCUGUAAAGUCCAGCCCACCUACAACAAGAAAAACGUUGGCAAACCAGCUGAAGUGAAACAGAAAACUGCGAUUGGAAAACCAGAAGAUAUCGUUAAACUGAUGGUGACUAUUCCAGAGCAUAAUGUAAUUAGCGUCACCUGUUUUCAUUCAAAACGUUUUAAUGGACCUGAAGAGAAAUACAUUGCACGUCUUUAUUAUGGCAUUGCCGCUCUGAAGAAGACUGAAAAAAAAAAAUGCGAGUUUGAAUUCAGAGAUCUUCGCUCUUCUACGACCUACAGAGUGGAGGUGACUGCUUUCAAUGGACAUUAUGAGAGCAACGCCAAGAAAGAAAAAUUUGACACUCUCUAUAAUGGCAAAGCUCUCUUUGGGUUUCUGGUCGUCUUUAUCAUCAUCAACAACACAUGUGUGGUCCUGGCUGUGGGGAUCUUCGUUCAGAAGUGCAGGAGUGACGUGAAUGAAGAUGUGAUAUUUAAAUCAAUAGCAAUCUAUGUUAACACACCUCAAUCUGAUGAAGAAAGGCCUGAUGCAGCAGCCAACCAAAUCAUCAUUUACUCCUGUUAAUUUGUUCAGUAUACAGUAGACAUUUUAAACUGUCUACCCAGGCUCCAAGUCUAUUUAGACUCAUAAUGUCUUGUUUGACAGAAAGUUUUGUUUUUCCAGUCUUAGUUGGAUAAUGCGUUCUUAUUUUCUGUUUUUUAAUGUGCACAUUGUAACAAGCAGAACUUUUCUUUUGUCAUUAAAUUUAAUGCGCCUACUA